CAUCAGUCCGCGCUCAACUACCACGCCGGUCACCCGCCAAUACGCACUUCAGUGUUUACAAGUGAACUCGCGUGGGUAAUAAACUCAAAGACCGCGUUCGCGGUUGUGAUAGUGUUUCAAGAGUGUAAAGGUGGCCGGCGCAACGGAGGCGGUGCAAGGCAUGUUGAUGGCGGGCGCUCUGCCGGCCGAGUCCGAUGGACUUCUGGCUUUGGGCGCAUUGCCGGGCCAGAAAGAUACCACCUGGACCAAACUUUUCGUCGGUGGACUGCCGUACCACACAACCGACAAAAGCCUUCGGGAACAUUUUGCGGUUUACGGCGACAUCGAAGAAGCCGUCGUCAUUACAGACAGACAAACCAACAAGAGCAGAGGAUAUGGCUUUGUGAUAAUGGGUGAUAGGACUGCAGCGGAGAGAGCGUGUAAAGAUCCGAAUCCCAUCAUAGAUGGUAGGAAGGCCAACGUUAACCUCGCUAUUCUUGGAGCUAAACCUAGAGGGAAUCUCGCACCAGGGUUUGGCUUGGCCGCUGCCGCGGCUGCAGGAGUGAGGGCAGGCUAUCCGACAGUGCUACCGGCGCACUAUGGGUUGUCUCCUGGAUAUGUGUACGGAACUCCGAGUUACAUGGGCGCAAUGAGUGGCGUCGGUGGUGGUGUUGGUGCCGGCGCCGGGGGGCUGGUACAAUUGCCUCAGCUCCAACACGCUGCGGCAGUCGCGGCUGCCAACCACCUAUACGAAUACCAAGCUGCCGCAGCCCAGGGCGCAGCUGCGUACCAACAGCAAUACGCUGCAGCAGGAUUUGAUCCUUACGCCACUGCUGCAGGUACGUAAUCAAUCUAUUACUUAAUAAAUUACUUCAUCACUACAUAGUAUAAAACAAA